UUCAGGUUGUCUUAGAUGUCGGGAAUGGCUCCUAAAAGAGAACCUUCCAUUAAGAAGUCUCCUUCACCAGUGGCCGAAGCACGUCUUGGUCCGCCUUUCCCCUGUUUGCCAGCAACACCUGCAGCUCCAAAACCGAUUUCAGAGCAGAAGCCAAGGAUGCUGCGUCCUUCUGAUUCACCAUUCGACCCCAGCACUAUGGAGAUUGAAUUUAACCUGGACCAGAUUCAUGAGUUUAAGGAGGCGUUCCUGCUGUUCGACAGGACAGGAGAUGGGAAGAUCAGCUACAGCCAGUGUGGCGACGUGAUGCGGGCCCUGGGACAGAACCCUGUCAACGCUGAGGUGCUUAAAGUGCUGGGCAACCCCAAGUCUGAGGAGAUGAACACCAAGAUGCUCGACUUUGAGCAGUUCCUGCCCAUGUUCCAGGCCAUCGCCAAAAACAAAGAUCAGGGCUCCAUGGAGGAUUUUGUGGAAGGACUCCGUGUUUUUGACAAGGAGGGCAAUGGCACAGUAAUGGGAGCAGAACUACGUCAUGUGCUCACCACGUUAGGUGAGAAAAUGUCAGAAGAGGAAGUGGAGACACUGCUGGCUGGACAUGAAGAUGCAAAUGGAUGCAUCAAUUAUGAAGCAUUUGUUCGUCACAUCAUGUCAGGCUGAGGGCCGAACUCGUCCGGAUGGUAAUGAACGGAUAAAGAGCAUCACAGUUGUUGUUUUUUUUUUUGUUUGUUUGUUUGUUUUUUUAUUUCUGCAGAAUCA